ACCUGUGCAGCGCAGGACCUCCGAGGAAGGAGCGGAGAGUGAACCGGGCUCUUGUAUCAUUUCUCCGGUCCGUUUUCAGGCACUUUUUGGUUUUGACAGUACUUUUUAGCAGCGGCUUUUCUGUUCUCUUCGACUGGACCGAGUCAACUCCGCCCAGACAGACUCAAAAAUGGAGAUAGAGAAAGAAGUAAAAAAGAUGACCCUCGGGCACGAGUUUGGCGCUGGAGCGUCCUGUUUGAAAUGCAAGGACAAGUGUGAAGGCUUCGAGCUGCAUUUCUGGAGAAAAAUCUGCAGAAACUGCAAAUGUGGCCUUACAGAGCACAACGUGCAGAUGAACUCGGAGGAGAACAAGAAGGUAGGCAAGCUGUUCGAGGACACCAAGUACACAGGCCUCAUGGCCAAGCUGAAGAGAGACGGGAUCCCCGGCAACAAGGGCAACAUGGUGACCAUCACUCUGCCCACCUCUGCCACUGCUUACAUUGUACCGCCGAGUGCUUCCUCCACUGUGGUGCCCCCCUCUGCCACAGCUGGUUCUGUGCCGUCUGCUGGAGCUGCUGCAGGCUCUGCACCCAGCGGCGCUCAGGCUCCACCUCAGCCACAGCCCGUACCAGCCAGCGUCGCACCGGUAAAGGCUAACAAAGUGCCGGUUGCUGUUAGUGCCUCAUCAGCCAAUGUGGUACCAGUCCCCAAAGAUGCGCCAAUGAAGUCUGUCACAUAUGAGUGGGCACCACCAGUUGCCAAUAAGUAUCUGGUGGCACGUUACUUAGAGCUGCUCCCACCAGAGAGACGUCCGGUGGUUGGUACAGAGGGAGCCACUUACCGUCGGCAGCAGAUGGCCCGCCAGCUGCCCGAGCAUGACCAGGACCCCUCCAUGUGCCACGAGCUGAGCCCUGCUGAGGUCAAGCAAAUGCAGCAAUACGUCCGCAAGUACAAGGACGAGGCCCUGGGUGUUGGAGAUGUUAGGCUGCCUGAAGAGAUGGCUGUGGUUCAGGCAGGAGGCCAGGGAGGAGUUGGGGUUGGGGCUGGAAGCGCAGCAGGUGCCAGAGGGCCAGGGUUUGGACCUGGAGUUGGGGGUGCUGGGGUUGGAGCUGGUUCUGGCCCGGGAGCUGCAGGCUCUGGGCCUAUGGCUGGGGCUGGAGCAGGAGGUAGAGGAGCUGCAGUUGGAGUUAGUGCUGGCUCUGGACCUGGAGCAGGAGGUAGAGGAGGUGCGGCUGGAGUUGGUGCUGGUGUUGGACCUGGAGGAGCUGCAGCUGGAGUCAGUGCUGGCUCUGGACCUGGAGCAGGAGGUAGAGGAGGUGCAGUUGGAGUUGGUGCUGGUGUUGGACCUGGAGGAGCUGCAAUUGGAGUCAGUGCUGGCGUUGGACCUGGAGCAGGAGGUAGAGGAGCUGGAGCUGGUGGUGCUGGACCACAUUCAGGCCCUGGGACUGGACCGUCUGCUGGAGGAGCCAUGGGUACAACUGCCACUGCUGGAGCCAUGGGCGUCCCUGGAGCUCAGCUCGCUGGUCUACAACAACAGAACUUUUCAUGCAGUCACUGCCAGCAGCCAAUGCGUCUGGGCGAGCCAGCUGUUUAUGCCGAGCGGGCCGGCUACGACAAGAUGUGGCACCCAGCAUGCUUCGUGUGUUGUACCUGCAACGAACUGCUGGUGGACAUGAUCUACUUCUGGAAGAAAGGCAAGCUGUACUGUGGACGCCACUAUGGAGACAGCGAGAAGCCGCGCUGUGGAGGUUGUGAUGAGCUGAUCUUCAGUAAUGAGUACACUCAGGCUGAGGGCCAGAACUGGCAUCUGAAGCACUUCUGCUGUUUUGACUGUGACUGCAUCCUUGCCGGAGAGACGUAUGUCAUGGAGAAUGACAAGCCUGUCUGCCAGCCGUGCUACAUGAAGAGCUAUGCUGUGAAAUGCUCAUCCUGCCAGAUUGCGGUGGAGCCUGAGGCCCAGCGGGUUUCCUAUGGCGAGUACCACUGGCACGCCCAGCCUCAGUGCUUCAAGUGCUCCGGCUGCUCAAAGUGCCUGAUCGGCCAGCGCUUCAUGGCUGUGCAGGCCUUCCUCUUCUGCUCCGUGGAGUGCAAGAAGAAAACCAUGGCUUAGACGGCCAAACAGCUCCCUACAUCUUCUCCACAACCACUUGUGAAACCAGGAUGGGUUCAGCUCAGACCAGAACCAGAGGACGGAAAACAAACACUGGUGCAGCUGCACAUGGGAGCAGAUGGACUGUGGUUGUGUUGACAUAGAACAGAGUGCCUGAUACCUCUAAUGUAGAGACGUACAAUAACAUUUAGUCCACUUGCUUUUGGGUGCUCUUUUCUGUCUGUCAACAGUUUUGAUAAAUCUGUCUCAAAUAGACACCAAAUCAUCCAGUUUAUCUGCCUUAAAAUCUGUUAUCUUCUUUCAACAAGUACGUUUUUUGUUGCUGCUUUUCUUGCACUGUGUUAAUUUUGUAUCACUGGUGGCAAUCCAGUUUUUUUUUAUGUUAAAUCUGCCUUACAUAGUGUAAGUGCUGUUCUGCUCUUAUAGCACCUGCUGUUGAUUAUGAGUCACGUUUUACUGCUUCCUUGUUACAAAAAACUACUGAUACUCUCCUCUUUGCAGCAAUAUGACAAACAAUAAUAGCAAGGUUUGGGUCUGCUUUGCAUCUGUUGCACUGUAUUUCAGAAAUCGUAACAAACUACACCAAUAUUAUUAAACAAAGAAAUUCACUUCAAUGUGGAUUUCAGUAAAAUAUUUGAAAGUAAUAUCACCCCAGCUGUGAUAACAGUAUAUUUGGCUACAAUAUGUGAUCUAAUGUAGAUGUUUUACUGCAGUAAUACUACAAUAAUAAUAACAAUCUAUUAAGGUAUAUUGGGGUAUUUUCAUAGUACUUUAGGGGGACAAAACAAUGUGAAAACCCUUCAGUAUUCAUUACCAGUUAUCAGUUAAUGUACAAACUAUAGAUCUUUUUCAGGGCAGACACUGUGACAUACCAUGGUAGGAAAAACACAGCUGUAUGUAAUAACAUUUACCAUUUGAAACCUGAGAAAAUUGGUUUGAUUUCUUUCAAAAAAUAUGGGAGAAUGCAACAAACAACUUAACAAAA